AUGGUUCGUAACUACGUUCGGAAAACUAGCCGCCGGUCGUGGACACUUGAACAGUUGCAGUCGGCAAUCACUGCUGUGAAAAACGGUACAUCAAAGAAUUAUGCUUCUCGCGAAUAUGGCGUUCCGAAGAAAACGCUCCUCCGGUAUCUUUCGAAAGAUAACCAUCCGGCUUCUGUGUCAAGAUUCGGAAGCUUCUGCUCAGUAUUCACCAAAGAACAAGAAGAUGAGCUGAUGACGCAUAUCUUGUUCAUGAGUGAAUGUUAUUAUGGACUUUCACAGAGGGACAUUCGGAACUUGGCUUAUGAAUUGGCUGUAUUGAACGAGAUCCCACAUCCUUUCAAUGCAUCGGGUAGGCUGGCAGGGUACGAUUGGCUCAAAUGUUUUCUAAAACGACAUCCGGAACUCUCAUUACGAUCAGCAGAGAACACUUCACUUGCACAAGCAACGGGAUUCAAUCGAUCCAGCAUUCAAAAAUUCUUUAAUCUGUUGGAAAGCAUCCUAAACGUUCAUCAAUAUCCAGCGCACAGAAUCUGGAACAUGGACGAAACUGGGUUUUCUACUGUGCAAACAAAGCCACCAAAAAUUGUUGCUCGAAAAGGACAGCACCAAGUAGCAGGCAUUUCGUCCAGUGAACGAGGCGUGAAUACUACAGUAGUAAUGGCAAUGUCUGCUUCCGGAGAGUUUCUGCCUCCAAUGUUCAUUUUUGCGAGACAAAGAAUGAACGACGCAUUGAAAUUUGGUGCCCCAGAAGGUUCGGUGUUUGCGUGCAACCCAAGUGGAUGGAGCACAAUCAAUACCUGCGUGGAAUGGUUCGACCAUUUCUUGUCAUACACUCGACCUACUAUUGAUUCUCCAGUGCUGUUGGUUUUGGAUGGACAUUCCACCCAUACGCGGAAUUUGCCGAUGCUCGAAAAGGCGAAACGAAAUUUCGUACGAGUAAUUUGUAUCCCACCACACACGUCGCAUAAGGUGCAGCCAUUAGAUGUUGCGAUGAUGGGUCCUCUUAAAGCUCACUAUUCAACUUCCAUCGACAAUUAUCUUAAACAAAAUCCAGGAAAAGCAGUGACUCCGUACAAUAUCAGUGCAUUGGUUAACCAAGCGUUUGUAAAGUCAGCAAGCGUACAAGUUGCUCAGAAUGGUUUUCGUGCCACUGGAAUCCAUCCGUUUAACCGAUCCGUUUUUACUGACGCUGAUUUCGCCGCGGCUGAUUUCUUGCAAUCAUCCAAGAAUGCUAGUUUGCCACUAACGGAAACCUCAUCGCAAGGGCCGGCAAUAAACAAUGUUGUCCUGGCCAAUGGUGAAGGUAACGCAGCCGGGUCUAGUGACGUAGUAAGUACCGUAACUAUUGAUCACAUUGAUGAGGAUAAAUAUUACAUAAUUAAGAAAAACGGGGAUAUUAUCAUUGGACCGAUUUUGAACCUUGAGUAUACGCUGGCCGAGACUGUGCAGGUGUCAAUCGAUUUGUUUGAUACUGGCCGGCAUAAUUCUUUUGCUGAUUCCACCCCAAAUGAGUGUGCUGAGCCGAUUGUUGGUCAAAUUGAUGACGAUGUGGGCAAUGAUCGAUCUCAAGCAGCAGAUCGUGAGAAUAUUCUGCCUACUAAACAACAGCACAAUUUAUGGCGUGAGAUUUAUCUUGCCUUGGUCCGGAUCGUCGGAUCCCGAUUGGUGGAAACCACUAACGGUGUGCUGCGGCGCACGAUUGAUGAUGGUGUUCUAUGGAACGAUGUGGUGAGGAAUGUCAAAGGCGUCACACUAUCACGCGGUGACUCGGACUUCCACUUGCUCCAAUAG